AUGAAGUCUCAAAAGGGAAACGCGAAGAAGAAAAACGGGAAUUCAGGGUUAGUGGCUGUAGCAGUGGACAAAGAUAAAGGAAGCCAACAUGCUCUCAAAUGGGCUGCUGAUCAUCUCGUCUCCAAAGGACAAUCUAUUAUCCUCCUCCAUGUUAUCCUUGGCUCAUCAUCUGAUUCAGUUGAGGCUAAUGCAGAGAAACACAAACAAGCUGAAAGCCUUUUCGUGACGUUCCAUUGCUACUGCAGUCGAAAAGAGAUACAAUGCCUUGACGUCACGCUUGAGGAUGACAACAUUGUCAAGUCCCUCUCGGAGUAUGUUUCCUCUGGCGUGAUUGAGAAUUUGGUUCUUGGUGCACCGUCCAGGCAUGGAUUCAUGAGGAAAUUCAAGAUGUCUGAUACACCAAGCAAUGUAUCAAAAGCAGUACCUGAUUUCUGUACAGUUUACAUCAUUUCCAAAGGGAAGGUAUCAUCGGUGCGUCAUGCCACACGAUCCGCUCCUUAUCGAUCUCCUCUUAUUGGUCAGAUUGAGAACCACUCUGCAAUCUCUAACUACGAAAAGUUCAGGAACACCAUGAGUUUUAGAGAUAGGACUCCGGCAAGGCCUUCGCUUUCUAGCUCCAUUGAAGAUUAUGCAAAGUCACCUAUGGCGAGGGCAUCAAAUUAUGAAAACUCAUUCUAUGAUUUGUCAAACUCAGUGGGUGAUUUGUCAGACUCGGAAAACGACAUAUCGUUUGUCUGCUCAGGCAGGCCAAGUACCGUGAGCUCAGGCAGGCGAAGCACCGCAAGCUCAGGGAGGCCAAGCACAAGCACUAACGGAAGGUCUGAAAUGUCUUUUAUGAGCUCAGGUAGGCCGAGUACAAGCACCAACGGAAGCCCUUCCUUCGUCUACGAGUUUCCUGAGUCUGGUUUAACCCCGAGAAUGUCGACGGCCUCUGGACAAAGCGUUGGCUCCAUGCGUCUAGGAAUAAGGUUUAAUGACACCAAUAUCCAACAUGACUUCUCUUUCGUCUCACAAGAUAGUGGUCGGUCCUCUUGUUCUUGUUCACCUCAAAACUUGGAAGAAGUGGAAGCUGAGAUGCGGAAAUUGAAACAGGAACUGAAGCACACAAUGGACAUGUAUGGAUCAGCUUGCAGAGAAGCACUGGCAGCAAAGCAAGAGGCAAAGGAGCUCCAACGUCAGAAAAUAGAAGAGGAAGGAUGUGUGCAAGAAGAGAAGUUAUCAGAGAAUUCGACAAAGUCGAUAGUGGAAAAAGAGAGAGCAAACAAAGCUGCCAUGGAUGCAUCUCAAACAGCAAGCAAGAUAGCUGAGCUCGAAACACAAAGAAGAGCCAUAGAAGCUGGAGGUUCUUUCUCUGACUCCAGUUUAAGGUAUCGGAGGUAUGUUAUUGGAGAGAUUGAAGAAGCUACAAACUCAUUCGACAAGGGUAAUAAGAUCGGUGAAGGCGGAUAUGGUCCUGUUUUUAAGGGUCAACUUGAUCAUACCCCUGUUGCUGUUAAGGUUUUGAGACCAGAUGCAGCUCAAGGAAGAUCUCAAUUUCAGAGAGAGGUGGAAGUUCUUAGCUGCAUAAGACAUCCGCAUAUGGUGCUUCUCAUUGGAGCAUGUCCAGAGUAUGGAGUCCUUGUUUAUGAGUAUAUGGCUAAAGGGAGUUUAGCUGAUAGGCUCUACAGGCACGGAAACUCACCACCGCUCUCUUGGGAGCUCAGGUUCCGAAUCGCAGCCGAAGUUGCGACGGGUCUGCUCUUCCUUCAUCAGACGAAACCAGAGCCUAUAGUGCACCGUGAUCUGAAACCAGGAAACAUUUUGAUUGACCAGAACUACGUAAGCAAAAUAGGGGAUGUUGGAUUAGCCAGGCUAGUCCCUGCAGUUGCCGAAAACGUAACGCAGUGCCACGUAACGUCAACCGCUGGGACUUUCUGUUACAUUGACCCUGAGUACCAACAAACCGGGAUGCUUGGUGUGAAAUCUGAUGUCUACUCCUUUGGUAUCUUGCUUCUCGAGCUGCUCACUGCGAAGAGACCGACGGGUUUGUCUUACACCGUUGAGCAAGCGAUGGAUCAAGGGACGUUCAAGGAGAUGUUGGACCCAGCAGUGACUAAUUGGCCGGUGGAAGAGGCUUUGUCUCUGGCAAAGAUUGCACUAAAAUGUGCACAGCUGAGAAGGAAAGACAGACCAGACCUGGGAAAAGAAGUUUUACCAGAGCUCAAUAGACUUAGAGCUCUUGCGGAUGCGAAUAUGGAGUGGAUUCUGUUCAACCAUAGCAGAGGCCCAUCACCAAAUCAUAGCUUAGUCUCCUUGCCACCAGUUGAUGAAAUGAGCGUAACUUCCGAUGGCUCGAAUACACAUUCAAGCACUUCAUCAGACACGGAUAAUAACUCAGACCAAAAGGAAGAGGAUUAG